UAACCAACAUAGCAAUUACCACAGUUACAGCUACAAAUCACAGUCUGUAAAACUCUGAUAUCUGAAUUUUCCCAUGUAGAUAAAUUUAGUGAUAUUGGCUAUAUGCAAACUGUUCAACAUGGCAGCUUUAAAAUUAUAUUCUUUAAACAAAGCUCCACAGAUUUUGAGGCCGUUGCCGCGGUUCACCAUUGUGUGCCAUACACGAAAUUCAUAUAAAUAUGUGAAUGCCGAAGAACGCACCUUGAAUAUGAAGGAGAUUACUGAUAGAGCUGCACAGACCAUGUUCUGGACAGAGAUUUUCAGAGGAUUAGGAGUAACUUUGGGGCACAUCUUCAAAGAACCUGCUACAAUCAAUUAUCCUUUUGAGAAAGGUCCUCUGAGUCCUCGCUUCCGAGGUGAACACGCAUUGAGGAGAUAUCCAUCAGGAGAGGAACGGUGUAUUGCCUGCAAGCUUUGUGAGGCCAUAUGUCCAGCACAGGCCAUCACCAUAGAAGCUGAAGAGAGAGCUGACGGAAGUAGACGAACAACUCGUUAUGAUAUUGACAUGACUAAAUGUAUAUAUUGUGGUUUUUGCCAAGAAGCUUGUCCAGUUGAUGCUAUUGUAGAAGGUCCCAAUUUUGAGUUUUCAACAGAAACCCAUGAAGAAUUGCUGUAUAACAAAGAGAAGCUAUUAGAUAAUGGUGACAAAUGGGAAUCUGAAAUAGCAUCCAACAUCCAUGCUGAUCAUCUGUACCGAUGAAAAUGUAAGAUGUAGACUAAGUAAUAUAGAAUGGCACCUGGUCACUGUGUGCCCCUGCUUUGUGUGUAUAUUUCAGUUUGCCUUUAAAGCAGUAUCCACUUAAUGUAAAAAUACAUUAUGUAAACUAAAAACAGAAAAAUAUUGGUAGGUAUGAAUAAAAUAUUGUAUGUUUACAAAUGUUUUUCACAGCAUGAGAGGGCAAGAAUAACAGUGUGCAACAUAAAUAAGAGUUUUGUGUAAACAGCACUCUUAUUUCCAAGAAAUCCAAACAUUCAUUGUUCGUAUUUUUUAAUUAAAAUAGAAUUAAUCAUCAGUGGAAACGGAAGGUUUUGAUUGUUUUCAGCAUCUAAAUCAUGAUAAAUACAGUUCUAGCAACCAUAAAAAUGUGUGUACAACCAAGUACUGUAUUUACCAUAAUCCUUUUCUUAUUGUUUUCUUGGCUAGCCUGUAUUACUAUCAUCUUUUCUAUUUCAUAGGGGUUGAUAGGUUCUCGGAUAUGCACUAAGUAUGGAAAUAGAAAAUGUUCUCCCAGAAAUAAAUGUGAUGAAAUAAAAUAAUUUGAUACCAUGUAUACUAAAACAA